UCUCUCUCACUCAUACACCCAACACAUAAAGCAAGGGCCAUACAUACACAGAACGUCCACACACAAACCCUCUCAAAAACAUUCUUUCUUUUUUGUUUUCCAGCUUUUGUAACCAGUUUCAAGAAAAGUGAAUUUUCUCUCUUUUUGAGGAUAACAGUUUUCUUCUUGCUUGCUAGCUCCUCUUGUACUCCAGUUUGUUGCAGCCAUGGAUACAGCUCAGUGGCCACAGGGAAUUGUGGUGAAACCAAUAGAAGAGAUAGUGACAAAUACAUGCCCUAAGCCUGCAGCAGCAGCAGCAGCCAAUAAUUUAGAGAGGAAGGCAAGACCUCAGAAAGAACAAGCCCUAAACUGUCCAAGGUGCAACUCAACCAACACCAAAUUCUGUUACUACAACAACUACAGCCUCACACAGCCCAGGUACUUCUGCAAGACUUGUAGAAGGUACUGGACUGAAGGUGGGUCCCUCAGAAACAUCCCAGUUGGGGGGGGUUCAAGGAAGAACAAGAGAUCAUCAUCUUCUUCAGCAGCCGCUAAUUCUUCUACAACAACAUCUUCUACUUCUUCAGCAUCCAAGAGGCUUCCUGAUCUGAUACAACCCCAAAACCCAAAGAUUAAUCAAGGCCAAGAUCUAAACCUGACUUUUCCAGCCACUAAUCAAGAUUUCAGGAAUAUUAUCUCUGACCAUUUGGUUCAUCAUCAUCAACAACAUCAUCAAUUGCCCAACAACAACAACAACAUGGAAAACAGCAACAAGCAGAACCACAUUAAUAUUUCUGCUUCUUCCCCAUCUUCUACCACCACCACCACAACAUCUCACCUCUCAGCUUUGGAGCUUCUCACUGGAUUGACUUCAAGGGGUUUGAAUUCCUUCAUGCCUAUGCCAGUACCAGACCCCAACAACAACAACAACACUGUAUAUAGCACCACAUCAGGGUACCCUAUGCAGGAUUUCAAGCCAACACUUAAUUUUUCCCUGGAUGGGCUUGGAAGUGGAUAUGGGAGUCUGCAAGGUGUUCAAGAGAGCAGUGGGAGGCUUUUGUUCCCAUUUGAAGAUUUGAAGCAAGUUUCAAGCACUGGAGGAGGGAUUGAGCAGAACAAGGAGCAUGGAGACUCAACUGGGUAUUGGACAGGAAUGUUAGGAGGAGGAUCAUGGUAAUUAAAAUAAGAAGAUGAAAAGGAAAAAAAAUCAUGGGGUCUUUUUCUUUUUUCUUCUUCUUUAAUUCUGAUUUGAAACUCAUUGUUAAUCUCUCAUGGUGGGUGACUUGUUUGGAUUUCUUCAUAACUAACAGAAUAGGAUACAUGGGUUUUCUUUUAAUUAUCACCUUGCCUUCUCUUUGUUCUUUUUGGCUUGGAAUUAUCUUUAGUCUUUGAAGUAGUACAUGGUGGAUUAUUUUUGAAGCUUGUUAUUUUAGAUUGGCUUCAAAAAUGGGUGACUUAUUGUGAGGAUAGAAGCUAUGGUAUCAAGACCAGCCCAGAUUUUUUUAGGGUAGGAAAGAGUAGAAGAGGCAUGCACUGUAUGAAUGUGCCCUUGAUUUCAUGUAAUGUCUUCUCUCACUACUAGAAAGCAAAGGGCAGCCCACUCCCAAUGUAAUGUGUGUGAUCCUUGGUUGGCUUGGUACAAUAAAUAAUUAUGUACAAUGUGCAACUUAAUUUGUAAGGAUAUAUAUAUAUAUAUAUCAUGAUUGAUGAAA